AGGAGCUCGGAUCACCCGCCUUUUCUCUCUGUGUGUCGGCACUGUGGGCAGAGCUCACUUCGGGGGCACCGCAGUGGCCGGAGCCAGGGAGGGAACCCCUGCACAGCCUGUGCCUGCCCUGAGUGGAGGGCUGAGCCCCAGGACUCAGUGUUUCUGACUGCUUGGGCAGAGGAAUCCUGGGGAAAGGAGCAACUUCCCACCCUGGAUUCUGGGAUUUGGGUUUGGGGGAGCAUCUUUCUGAGAGGCUGGUUUUACCUUUGGAAAGUGCUGGCCCUUCCGGAGGGAGGCGGGAGCCCAGGCCUUGCCUAGAUCCCUUAGGCUAGGAAACAGGGAGGACGUGGCCACCAAGGAGAGCGAGGCCUUGGGGCAAGCGGAUGGGAGGUCCUCAGAGCUGAGCCAAGCAAGGAGGCAAGAGCUGCUGAGAGACACCCCCCAAAUCAACAGACUUGGGGAGAGGGGGGGCAGUGACUGUGUAGGCCCAAGGGCAGAAAGGAGACCAGGGGGAGAUAAUGGCAGAUAAGCAGGCCUUGAUGGGUUCCCACACAGGGCCUGGGCUGUCUGUGAGGCCGGCUGGUCCCACCUCCUGCCAGAAAGCAGAGAAGGGGAGAAGGGCAGAGGCCGGGUGGCUUGUCUCUGGUUGGGGGGGGAGCUGAAGGCCAGGCACCCUGAGAGAAGGACUCCAGGUCCUUUUGUUCAUCAGACCCCCCAGCUUCUAGAGGGGCCAUCAGGAUGUCCCCCUUACUUUAACGCUGAAAGGGAAAAAGGCAGGGGCGACAGGGAUCCAGAUAGAGGCUGUGACACACAUCUAGGGGAAAGGAGGAGAGAAUAUCAGGAGACGGAGCAGAGAGGAGGAGAUAGAAAAGUAGGAGAAGGGGAAAGGAAGAAACAAGAGAAGGGAACAGAAAUCAGGACCAGGAGAGCAAGAACUGAGAAGGCUGCAAGAGAGAAGAUGAAAGAGAGACAGGAGCAGAGAGAGGAGAAAAGAGGGCGACAGGUCGGAGUAGGCACCGAGGCCCUAGCCCCGGUGAGCUCCUGGUAGGCUGUUUGGAGUGGGUUUUUCCGAGGCUGGCACUUGGGCUCCCGAGGUCAGGAGUGAAGAGAGCCAAGUUCCUCCGCAGCGAAAGCGCUUGGCAGAGAAAUAUGUAAAUCAGACUCCUUGCGCCUGAGAGCUGCGCAAUCACGCCCCUUGAAGGAGAAGCAACAAGCUCCUCGCUGGCACGCUGGCUGGGGUGGUGGCGUCGCGGGGGAGGGAUCGGCUGCUGGGAGGGGUGUGGAGAGUGGGAACCUCACACCCUCACACCUAGUCCCCAGUGCCCCGGGCCCGGGGCUCCCCCCUCUGCUCUCCGCUCCUUUCCCUUCCCCCUUCCUCCCCCUUCCUCCUCCUCCCUCCUCCUCCCCGCCAGCCUCGGUCCGCGUACUUAAGCGGCGCGGGCGGGCGGCCCGGGCGGGCGGUGGCAGAUGCACCCGGCAGUGGCAGCCACCGGCGGCGCACAGGUGACCGGCCCGCGGAGCCGCCUAGCCUAGCCGGGGGCGCCCAAGGAGAUCUGGCUGGAGAGGGAGGUCGAUCCGCCCCCCAACGCGCGUGCCUCGGCGCCAGGAGCCGUCCCGGGGCGUGUUGGCGAGCGCUGAUAUAGAUAUAAGGACAUUUCUCUCUCCAUGGCGUCACGUGACAUAAUUACCACCAGAAUCAAUCAAGAUGAAUUGCACGUCAGCGCCCGGUGGGGAUUUUUGCUUAGUUGAUCCUGGCCCGAGCCUCUUGUGCAAUCCAUGGCUCAGGUUGGCGGCGCGGGGAGCGGCCCGGGGCUGGCCGGCGCGCACGCCGCCGCGGAGCCAUGAACGACUUUGACGAGUGCGGCCCGAGCGCAGCAGCCAGCAUGUACCUGCCCGGCUGCGCCUACUACGUGGCCCCGUCGGACUUCGCCAGCAAGCCGUCGUUCCUGUCGCAGCCGUCGUCCUGCCAGAUGGCUUUCCCGUACUCCUCCAACCUGGCGCCGCACGUCCAGCCCGUGCGCGAGGUGGCCUUCCGCGACUACGGCCUGGAGCGCGCCAAGUGGCCGUACCGCGGCGGCGGCGGCGGCGGCGGGGGCUCGGGAGCCGGCGGCGGGGGCGGCCCCGGCGGGGGCGGCGGCGGCGGCGCGGGGGGCUACGCGCCCUACUACGCGGCGGCGGCGGCGGCGGCGGCGGCAGCGGCGGCGGCCGAGGAGGCGGCCAUGCAGCGCGAGCUGCUCCCGCCCGCGGGCCGCCGGCCGGACGUGCUCUUCAAGGCGCCCGAGCCGGUGUGCGCCGCGCCGGGGCCGCCGCACGGCCCCGCGGGCCCCGCUCCCAACUUCUACAGCGCCGUGGGCCGCAACGGCAUCCUGCCGCAGGGCUUCGACCAGUUCUACGAGGCCGCGCCCGGGCCCCCGUUCUCCGGGCCGCAGCCCCCGCCGCCGCCGCCCGCGCCCCCGCAGCCCGAGGGCGCCGCCGCCGCGGACAAGGGCGACCCCAAGGCGGGGGCCGGCGGCGGCGGCGGGGGCAGCCCCUGCGCCAAGGCGACCCCCGCCGCCUCGGAGCCCAAGGGGGCGGCGGAAGGCAGCGGCGGGGGUGACGGCGAGGGACCCCCGGGGGAGGCGGGGGCCGAGAAGAGCGGCGGCACAGCAGCCCCCCAGCGGUCCCGGAAAAAGCGCUGUCCCUACACCAAGUACCAGAUCCGCGAACUGGAACGCGAGUUUUUCUUUAACGUGUACAUAAACAAAGAGAAAAGACUCCAGCUCUCUCGGAUGCUCAACCUCACUGACCGGCAAGUCAAAAUCUGGUUCCAGAAUCGCAGGAUGAAGGAAAAGAAACUGAACAGAGACCGUCUGCAGUAUUUCACUGGAAACCCCUUGUUUUGAGAGCUCCAGGAAGCACCCCUCUGCCCCAAGCCCCACGCACUCACCCUCCUCCCCACCAGCCUGCUUUCGGUAGGCCCAAUGUCCUUGGGUUUAAUGACGCCUCUUCUCUGUGGAACUCCACCAUUCCUUCCCGCGGUCAACUCGGGACCUCCCAGCGACCACUGCUGCCUGCGGACGAGGCCGGGGACUUGGCCGAAUGGAUCCUAAUAUGGGGAAAAUGGUAAUGCAAACGUCCCUUUACAAUUUUACCGCCAGUGUGCUGUUGUUUACCCUCUCUCUCCCUCCAGGUCCCAGGGCGGACGCUGUGGGAUCUGUAGAGAGUUAGGCCUGGGCUGCCAAGGCACUUGUUUUUGUUCUGAGUUUAAGGGACCCUGUCCUUCCCCCUCGGUGAACGCAGAUUAUUUAAACUCUGGGAAAUGUACGUUUGGUUUGUCGGAUCAAGGCACGAGUCACUGUCUUUUGUGUGAAUAAAUGGUUUCUAGUAAAACGGAGGUUACAGCUUCAA